AUGACCCUGUCGCAGCCGAGUUCGGCGGAGAAAACCAUUCGCAAAAUCGACAUCGCCCAGGUCUCGCUGAGUCUACAGGACCGCCUCGGCUUAGCCAAACUCAAGUACCAGCAUGGCCGGCUUCAUGGCCUGAACAGCAACUCGCCCUUGGAUAGCGACAAGCCCUCCGAUUCCUCAUCCGACUUCUCACGGAGCCGCUGCGAGACCCCCUUUACCUCUCCUCCCCUUCGAGCCGCUACCUACUCCAAGGAGCUGCCACGAUCAGCCCGCAACAAGCAUGCCGUGACCUUCAACUCCCGGGUCAUGCAGCCCAUGCUGUCGGCCAGUCGGAAACGCAUGCGGUCCGAUUCAGCCAACGAACGCCCUGCGAAGGCUGCUCGAGUCUCCUGGAAGAGUUCCUACCAGUUGCCCGAGUCGUCUCCUGGUCUCAAUCGACACCUCACGGCCCGACCGAACCAUAUCCCUUUCAUGUCGGAGGCCCCCAUCCCCGAAAUGUCAUCUCCCGUCUACCAUGGUCCCUCGGACGAGGAGAACGACCCCGACCUGCCCUUGCAUAGCUUUCAGAAUGUGAGCUCCAUGGUGGGCUCGUCGCCUCCCCGAACCCCGCCUCCCAAGCACGCACGUCUGCCACGCAAUGAUCGUGCUGGGCAGCACGAGGAUGGAGCCGAUCUUCUUUUGUAUCUUGCCAAUUCACCCACGCCAGCUCGUGUCGCCCGUAGCUCGCAUAAUCAGACUUUCCCGCCCUCCACUCCUCCCAGCCAACAUGCAGGUCUGCCUUCGUUGACCCCCAAUCUCGGAACCCCCGGCCAGCAAUUCAAUUUUGCCGAUUUCGUGAAUCCCUGCUCAGCCGGCGUGGGGGGUCGCACUCCGGGCAACCCGGCUCGAACGCCUCUUUCCACUAAGGAUGCUCGCAAGCGACUGAACUUUGAUGCUCUCGUGCCUCCUAGCAAUACCUCCAGCCCUCGGACUCGCCAGGAAAGCGGGCUGGCUCUGCAGCUGGGCGGCGAGCUACGACCCUAA